GCUCUUGGCUCUUCUUGUUGCCAUUAUAUAUACUACACUCUAUAACUAUAUCCAUCUCUGAUCUGUCUGUUUAGCUUAGUUUGUCGAUUCGACGCAAUGGCAGCUAACGAUGUCCCAUGUUGCGAAACGAUGUUUUGGGUAUAUUUAGUCAUAUGCGCCGCACUCGUUUGUUUUGCAGGUCUCAUGUCUGGCCUGACUCUCGGCCUCAUGUCCCUCAGCCUCGUCGACCUUGAAGUCAUACUCAAAGCCGGCCAGCCGGAGGACAGAAAAAAUGCCGAGAAGAUUCUCCCAAUAGUCAAGAACCAACAUUUGCUGCUAUGUACACUUCUUAUAUGGAAUGCUCUUGCAAUGGAGGCUCUUCCGAUAUUCGUUGAUGCUCUUCUCCCAGCCUGGGGCGCGAUCCUGAUUUCGGUCACUCUCAUACUUAUGUUCGGAGAGAUCAUUCCUCAGGCUGUAUGCUCUCGCUACGGGCUGAAUAUCGGGGCAAGAUUAUCGGUGAUAGUUAAACUUCUAGUUUUGAUCGUUUUCCCUAUAUCGUUUCCCAUCAGCAAGCUUUUGGAUUUGCUGCUCGGGAAGGGACACUCGGCGCUGCUGAGGCGCGCCGAGUUGAAGACACUGGUCGACAUGCACGGGAACGAGGCUGGGAAAGGAGGCGAGCUGACACACGAUGAGACUACUAUAAUCUCCGGGGCUCUCGACUUGACCGAGAAAACAGCUAAAGAUGUCAUGACACCGUUGUCCGAUGUUUUUUCUCUCGAUCUCAAUGCUAAGCUCGACGAGGACACGCUGAGUCUAAUAAUCAGCAAAGGGCACAGCCGGGUGCCGAUAUACUUGGGAAAACAUACUAACAUUGUUGGCCUUGUUCUGGUCAAGAAUCUGAUUAAAUGUCAUCCUGAAGACAAUACUCUCAUCAGGAGCCUUACCAUAAGGAGAAUGCCUAGAUUUCACGAAUGUCUCCCGUUAUACGACAUACUGAACCAGUUUCAGAAAGGCCAAAGCCAUAUGGCUGUCGUGGUUAGGACCGCUACCGACGUCGUGGAAAUCACAACGGAUGCGAAGCCGGAGAGAUCAUUGGAGAGAAAUGGCAAUCAUAGAUCGAGCAAGAAGCGCGCAGACAGAAACAUCGACGUCAUCGAUGGAUUAGGCUCUUUUUGCAACCCCGACGAAGAAGUUCUUGGCAUAAUCACCAUGGAAGACGUCCUCGAAGAACUUCUUCAGGAACAAAUCUUCGACGAAACUGACGAAUACGUCGACGUUCACAACAAGAUCAAGAUUAAUCUAAUUCCCUCGGCAAAGGGGAAAUCGAAAUCUCCCAUCGGAAAGGCUUCGCCUUCAAGCACGAAAUGGCUUACGUCUACUCCUUCUCCGCCGUACUCUUCCAGCCAUGCGGCGCCGCUUUCUCCGUAUGCGCAAUCGCCCGGAAAGUCGCCGGCGGCUUCGCCUGCCGGGUCGCAUUACAGAUCGCCGUCGACAUGUCAGGUUUCCAGAAAGUCUUAUGAGAAGCUUAGGAAGCCUGACAAUCCUUAAUCUCAUCUGUUUGUACAUUGUUUGUUUGUGUUUUAAUAAUAAUAGUAAUAAUAAUAUAUGAUAUAUAUAACAUCGAUUUGGAUCAGUUGAUGGCUGGGGAAGAAACAGAGGGCAGAAAGGUUUGAACUAAUGCAGGUAAGAAAUAUGAGGGGGUCAAAGUGGGACUUUGUAAAAGUCUUGGGGACGAAAGUAGAAUACGCGGAAAUUAAAAAAAAAAAAAAUCCAUUUGGGCAACGCUGAACUUUAUCAACGGCGACAUUU